CAUCUCUCGCCUUCCCGGAAAUAUUAACAUUUGUCAACUGUCAACUCGCUUUCCACUCACCGAUUCUUAGCCCAAGCCUGUGAGAGCGAGAAUGUUCAUCCUCCGAGUCCACUCAGUGGACGCCAAUCAUCCUAUCACCACCGAAGAAACCGGCUUUUCCACCGUCACCAGCUCAACCACCCGACCAAAUCCCAAUCCUAAUCCUAACCCUAACCCUAACCCUAAAUUCAGCGAGAGGAGAGGAUUGGUCCACCUGUUUCGAGGCACAUCACAGAGCUAUCUAACAAACCCUAGCCCUGGAUCCACUUCCCUCUUCGUCGUCGCCGUCCCCAACUACCUCUCUUACGAUGAUUUUAUCAGAUUUUGCGGCUCCCACGUCGACCACGUGGACGAGCUCAUUUUCAUCAGGAAUGAUGGGAUGGAAGAUCGAUACAGUGUAUUGAUCAAGCUUCCUGAUGAGUUUACAGCUGAUGGGUUUUACAACAAAUUCAAUGGCAAGAGGUUUUCACCAGCCGAGGCUGAGGUAUGCCACAUGCUAUAUAUGCUUUCUGUGGAGUACACUGAAUUUGCUGAGAUUGCUAGCACUCCACCACUGGGAUUCACUGAGCUACCCUCUUGUCCAAUUUGCCUUGAGAGACUAGAUCCUGACACUAGCGGAAUUCUUAGUACGAUCUGUGACCAUUCGUUUCAAUGUUCAUGCACGUCAAAAUGGACUUACUUAUCUUGCCAGGUUUGUCGAUUUUGUCAGCAGCAGGAUGAGAAACCAACUUGUUCUGUUUGUGGAACAGUGGAGAAUCUCUGGGUUUGUUUGAUGUGUGGUUUUGUGGGAUGUGGAAGAUAUAAGGAGGGGCAUGCUGUUAGGCACUGGAAAGAUACACAGCACUGCUACUCUCUUGAUUUAAGAACACAACAAAUUUGGGAUUAUGUUGGUGACAGUUAUGUUCAUCGACUGAACCAGUCUAAAGCUGAUGGAAAGUUGGGGGAGAUGAACUUUCGGUGCAUGUCACCUGAGGAACAUUGUGGUUCUUGUGGGUGUAGUGAGGAUUCUGGAAUUAGUGGGGCCCUCUUUAACAGCAAAGUGGAAGCAAUUGUAGAUGAGUACAAUCGCCUUCUUGCUACUCAACUGGAGACUCAGAGACAAUACUAUGAAUCUAUACUUGCAGAGGCCAAAAGUAAAAGGGACAGUUCAAUCUCAGAAGCAGUAGAGAAGGCUGUGGCUUCCAAGAUGUUGGACAUCCAAAAUGAUUUGGACAAAUGUGAAGAGGCAAAGAAAGCUGUUGCAGAUAUCAAUAGAAAUCUCAUUAAAAAUCAAGAAGUUUGGCGGAAAAAGGUUAAGGAAAUUGAAGAGAGGGAAAUUUCAUCACUAAGGUUGAAAGAUGAGAAGAUACUUGAUCUGGAAGACCAGAUAAGGGAUCUGACAGUGUACCUCGAAGCCCAGAAAACUCUUGAUCACAUCACAGAUUCAGAUGGCAUCAAAGGAGGAACAGUCUUGCCAGUGUCUUAUGAUCAAUCUUCCUCACCCAACAACCGAAGGCACAAAAAGUCAGGUCGGAGGCGAAACUAGUCUCUAUCCAAUUUCUCACAAUAAUAGGAAUGUCAUAUUGUAUUGUAUAUGGUA